AUGAUGGGGAUCGUUUUGGCAUAUGUUGGAUUUGUUUUCUUUUCCGUUUUAUAUGUACAGCAAGGUCUUUCUUCUCAAGCAAAAUUUACCGAGUUCCCGCGGAACGUGACGGCGACCGAGGGGCAGAAUGUGGAGAUGUCCUGCGCUUUCCAGAGCGGCUCCGCGUCGGUGUACCUGGAAAUCCAGUGGUGGUUCCUACGGGGACCCGAGGACCUGGAGCCCGGGGCCGAGGUGGCCGGUGCGCAGGUGGAGUUGGUGCCUGACCGAGACCCGGACAACGACGGAACCAAGAUCAGUACAGUGAAAGUCCAAGGCAAUGACAUCUCUCACAAGCUUCAGAUUUCCAAAGUGAGGAAAAAGGAUGAAGGCUUAUAUGAGUGCAGGGUGACCGAUGCCAAUUACGGAGAGCUUCAGGAACACAAGGCCCAGGCCUACCUGAAAGUCAACGCCAACAGCCAUGCUCGGAGGAUGCAGGCCUUCGAAGCCUCGCCCAUGUGGCUGCAAGAUAUGAAGCCUCGCAAGAAUGUCUCUGCGGCCAUUCCCAGCAGCAUCCACAGCUCUGUCAACCAGCAGAUGUACCCCACCUCCAGCCCUCAAGCGGUAGCCAAAAUACCCAAACAAAGUCCACAAUCAGGUGCGAGGAUAGCUACAAGCCAUGGACUUUCUGUCCUGCUUCUUGUUUGUGGCUUUGUGAAGGGUGCUUUGCUUUAA